CAUCUCCUCCUCUUCUUAUAACAGACGAGUCUCUAAAUGAAGACUUAACAGUCGAACAAGAGACCUCUGACAGUCCAUCAGUACGUUCCCUAGCUGAGGUGGUAGCGCGGCACAAAUUUUUACAUACUACUGAUGCUUUGCGAGGUAAAGAAGUUGAAUGUGUUCGGUGUCAUUGCAGUGGUCGACAAGGAAGCAGCGGUCCGUCAAGCAUAGCGGACAGCGUGAGUGGAGCGGAUCGGACGCGUUGCCUACAGGACAAGCUAAAUGCAACACUACAAAUUUUAAAGAACAAAGAGGAGACGGUAAAAGUUCAAGCGGAGAGUCUCGCACUGGCAGAGGCCCGUCUCUCUGCACUCGCUAUUCGUACACAAAGAGCAAACACACAUCGCGGCCUGCAAGUUCAACCGAUCCAAAAAGAAUCGGGAAACGGAUGUGAAGUGGAAAUGACUGAUGUCUCAGUAACUGCACACACUCAGGGAGUGGAUGAAAAUGUGAUGAAAACGCUAAAGGAUAAGUUGUCUGUUGUCGAAGAUCUUUACAGAGAAUGCUUCUAUGAAUCGGCAAAGCAGGAGCAGCUUAUAGAAAAUCUAAGAGGGUCCUACAUACAAAUGAGAUUGAUGGAGAAGGAGAAAGACAGCCACCUCACUUGCCUCCAACAUGUUGUCGACACUCAGCGAUCUUCCGCUUUUGCAUAUCAGGAUAUUGCUUCAGAAGUGGACCAUUUGAAGUCUGAAAUUUCAAAUUUCUUGAACAACUCCAAUAAUGACUCGGGCAUGUGGGAAAGGACCGAAGAUUGUGACAUCACGACUGAUCUCCGGCAUAUCGCUGAACAAUUACACCGACUUCAGGAUUUGCUAACCGAGGAUUGUUCCUGUGGUUUAAAUGAAGAGAAUAGAAUACUGAAGCGUGCAAAUGAAAUUAAUGAAAGGGUGAUUGGUGAACUUCGUGACAGUAUUAGUAAAUUAGAGGACAAUCUUGAAAAUAAGGAGAAUAGUGACCAGCGCUUCGAAACAGUCGUUGCCGAGAAGGAACGUGAGUUAAGGGAAAUAAGAAAUCAGUUAAACGACUUAGAGAACACGUCGCAGCGUUUAUGUUGCUGUGACCAACUGUCAUUACAAUUGCAACAAGUUCAAGGGUCUUUGAAUGAUAAAACGUUGGAGAUGGUGCAAAUGCAACGAAGAUAUGAAGAACAAAACGUGACUAUCUGCCAACUGAGACAGGAGCUUGACCAAACAAAAACCAUUAAAGAAGAGAAUGUUUGCUUACAACAGGAAGUAAGCAAGCUGAGAUGUGAGGUGUCGUCAUGGCGGUCGCAGCACGAAGCCGGUUCGAUGCGUUUGCGACAAUUACAAAAGGACUUGCAACGCUCACAGCAUCGAUAUAGACAUCUGGCUGAUCAUUACAAGGAAAUAUCCAGCUUUGCUCAUGAGCUUCAAACUCAGUUAAAAGAAGCACAUACCCGCGGAGCCAAGCUGUGUGGAGAAGCAAGACAUCUUGUUUGCGCCGUCAGACAUAGCCUAAAGAGACAGAGGAAUAGACAAAGAGAACAGAAUGAAAGGAUAAAAGAGCAGGAGACAAUAAUUCAGGCUCUUCAGGAUUCGGAUACGGAGAGCGCUCUAUUAACUGAACCAUGUUGUUCCAAAUACUUAUCAAGUGCAACCAGUUCCAAAGGGGACAGAAAUAGAAGUGUAAGUGAGAUAGCAUCACCGCCAACACCACCGCGACGUCUACACAAUAAGACAUCAGCAGACGAGUGCCACUGGUUCCAUCCCAACAUUCGAAGUACGGGUGUACAACAGCCAACGCGUAGUUCCUGUGGGACAGGCACAGAUACACAACGCCCUGUUCGAGUGUGUAGUUUACGGAACAAUGGCGAGGUGUCCCCAACUGAAGAGUUACUAGAGCGAGUGGAACGCGCACAUGAAGCUUUAUCGCAGGCGCAACGACGAUGGUGUCAACGGGCACCAAAAUGACCAACAUAGGCAAACCUUAAUUAUUUCUAUAAAACCUAGCACAUCGUUGACGUGCAUUAGUGGGAUUUUAGGUCUUGCUGCCUUUCUAGUAAGCAAAAUGUUUGCCUAAUUUUUGAUGAGGGAAUGUAAGACUGACCCCUCCUAGUUGAAAGUACGAACGGAAGAUGAGGAUCAUCUUUCUCUUCUUUUCUUUGACCAGAUUUUGAUAUUUUUUAUUUUUUAAGCAGACGCCUCAUACGUUUAGAAAAUUUGUAACUAUGUAAAAGUGAGGGUAUUUGCUUAAUACGGGUCUAAAGUGUAAAUAUAGGUGAAUUUAUUUAUGUAAGAUAUGGUUUGCUAGUCUUACAUGUGUUUGUUUAAAAUUUCGUUGUACACAUUUUUUAUAAAUAUAU